GACGUUCCGGCCUACUGGCAACAACCCAGAAAACGUGUGAAAGAUGACUUAUACAAAAUGGUCAAAGACGUUGACUAUGGCAAAAAAAUCAAGCGAUAUUACGACACAAACAUCAACAAGAGCCGAACCGAUUUUUUAAACCUUCUGGAGACGAUAAAGCAGGACGGAAACAAUGCAGCGGUUUUUGGAUCGCAUUGUGAUAAUGUUAAUUUCACCUGCAUCCAAUGCUGCGAAAAUGAUUAUCCAGAUGAGAUUUUUUUGAACAAAUCAAUUCUUCUCCAAAACAACUUUAACCCUGCGUUAGAAGGAAAAUCCUUAGACGUGCUGAUUUCAAUUGGCAAAACGCUUCCCUUAAAAUUAAACCCAAAUGAGAUAUCGUUGGUUGAAAAGUUGACCAGGAAACAGCACGAAUCUAAGCUUUGGCAUUGGGCACGUACCGGAAGAAUAACCGCCUCGGUUUUGAAAGAAGUGGUGUAUUCUUCAAAUCAAGUCCCUCCGCCAAAAAGAUCUCUACUGAAGCGUAUUUGCCACCCAUACAAGGAAAAAGCCAUAAACACUCCUGCUGUAGCCUAUGGCAAACAAUACGAGUCAGUAGCGAAACGAGAUCUAGAGCGUAUCCUAAAUCAAACACACCAAGAUGCAAAAUUCGUUGAGAGCGGAAUCGUUAUUGAUGAAAAAUAUCCCUUUAUGGCUGCAUCUCCGGACUAUAUGGUGCAAUGUUCGUGCUGCGGUACUGCUUCCGUAGAGAUCAAAUGCCCAUAUCGCCUUAGUGAAAAAAGUCCCUUGAAUUUGCAACUCAGUUUGCGCGAACUUGCAAAUUCGAGAGACCCUUUUAUUAAGUUUGACGGGGAAAAAUUCAGCAUGGUAGAAAGCCAUAAGUAUUAUUUUCAGGUUCAAGCACAGAUUUUCAUCACCCGAGCAAAGUAUGGAAUAUUUAUGGUAUGGAGCCGAAAGGAGAAGUUGAUAAUAAGCGUACCUAGAGAUGAAGUUUCUUGGGGCAAUUGGUUGGCCAGGAGUAAGUUGUAUUUUGAAAAUAUACUGAUUCCCGAAUUGCUUGCCAAACAUUUUACUUCAAAUAUUAACUAAGGAUGUAAUCUUGUUAAUCGUAUUUUAUUUUUUUAUUAUUAAAGAUUUUUAUAAAACCUAA